AUGAACAACUACAUCCUAUAUGGCUCGCUGGAGGAUACGCCGAAAUAUUCGUGCCGAAAUGCAACAUCUGAACCUCAGAGUCCAAACGCGCCCCUUGGCAUAUUCUACAUUGUGGCGGGCGUUGUCGUGCAGCUCGCCUAUCUAACCUCUCUCCUCGGCAUUGGCCGAAAAGAGAACAUACAGUAUCCUGCCUACAAGCUCAUGUUUGCGUUGGCCAUAUUCGAUCUCCUAAACAUUUUUGUUUGUGGAUAUUGGAUGGGAUACUUCACGAUAUACGGAUUCCACUUUUGUGAUCGACCGACUGAGAUAUACCUCACCGGCGUUUACUGUUGUUUAUUCUAUAAUGCCACUUGCCUUACUUCCGUCUCUCUACUUUUUAAUCGGCUGCUUGAUGUGGCUGAAUUCCGAUGGCGGGAUGUGUUGUUUAAGGGCAACGCUAUCUACCUCUUCAUCUUUGGUCCAUUCCUCGUUGGGCUCUACUUUUGCACAUUUGAGACCCCGGUACUAUUCAAUCCUGAUUACGGUACCGUCAUCUUCUAUCCUAUGAUACCUGGCAAUAUGGAUCAUGAGGUAAACGUUCCACUGACCGCC